GUAGGCCGGAACGUGGAGCCGCGGGAGCGCGGUCGGUGGGCGGGAGCCGGCCGAGCCCGGAGCCAUGUUGGCGGCAGCCCGGGGGCUCCGCCGGGCCUGGGCAGCGCCUGGCAGCGCCGCGCUCAGUUGCUGGCUGCCCCAGACGGUUCCUUUCCGAGGAAGUCACUGGGAGACUUCACUGCUGGCGGUUAGGGCGUCUCUCCCCAUGAGAGCACAACCAAAGAAAAAAAAGAAGGUGGAUGUAAGGAGAGAGCAAGCACAGAAGGAUCGUAUGAAAAAGAAGAUCAAAAAGUUGGAAAAAGCUGCCCCAGAAUUGAUUCCAAUUGAGGAUUUUGAAACACCACUUAAAUACUCAGAUAACAGCAGGGUGCGAAGCCUUCCUCCUCUGUCAUUUGAGGAGACAGAAAGAAGAGUUUUACUUACGAAAAAGUGGUCUGCGUAUAAGCAGAAACAAGACAGGGCAGAAAAGCAAGCAAUUCGGAGCCUUGUAGAAGCCCAACAAGAGGCACUAAAGGAAUUGCGCCUUGAAUCUGAGGAGCUCUAUCAGGCAGCGAUCAGACGAGACGAGGGGCUUUUCCCCUUUGAGAGAGAUGGACCUAAUUAUACCCCACCGCUUCCUGGUUACGAUCCUCCCGAAGGAAAAUGCAUCGAUACCACCAAAGUGUACACACAGUGACAGAAGAGUUUAUUGUUCAUCCGGCAUAAGCUGCUCAGCCAACUGAGAAAGGAAAGAACAGAAUGAGAAUUAAUUCCUUCUGCACAUUAGAACACCGUAGGUAUGUGAUGGUGAAAAAAACAUGGAACAGAAUGUCCAUGAGGUGUCUGCUGUCAUGGUUCUUAAACUGGCUGCCUAUGUAAUAAAACCUCCAACAGAGCGAAUCUACUUUAAAUUUGUGCCAUACUA